GCUUCCCCCGCGAAGCUCCAUCCAAAGUAAUUCCACCAUCUAGAUUCAACCUCACCCCGCUGCUCCAACCUUAGUUUCGCCGACUUGUCCCCGAGAGGAAGAAGACAGAAAAUUACAGAAUAAGAGGAAAGUUUGGAAUGCACCAUUGAGUCUUCCCGGCUCAUCACGACCUCCCUAUCAGGAUGACCUCGCGUUUGGUCCUGGUCAUCGGUGACCUCUUCAUUCCCGAUCGAGCUCCUGACCUUCCAGCCAAGUUCCAAAAGCUCUUGACCCCCGGUAAAAUCGGCCAGAUCCUGUGUUUAGGAAACUUAACCGACCGGAGUACUUUUGAAUAUUUCCGUCGGGUCGCCCCCGAUCUCCAACUCGUCAAAGGCGACUUCGAUGUAGAUUCCCCCAACCUACCCCUCUCCAAGGUCGUCACCCACGGCAGCCUCCGCAUCGGCUUUACCCAUGGUCACACCAUUGUCCCCCCGGGCGACGCCGACGCCCUUCUCAUUGCCGCCCGACAGAUGGAUGUCGAUAUCUUGCUCUGGGGCGGCACCCACCGGUUCGAGGCGUUCGAGAUGGAGGGCCGGUUCUUCGUGAACCCGGGCAGUGCCACCGGCGCCCUGAGUACCAGCUAUUGGCCGGAGGGCGAGGAGCCAACCCCAAGCUUUUGCUUGAUGGAUAUCCAAGGUGAUGUGCUCGUGCUGUACGUGUAUCAGCUCAAGACCGAUGCGGAGGGAGUCGAAAGCGUCAAGGUUGAGAAGAUCUCCUAUCGCAAGAAUUCUGCUCCUUCGUCAUGAAUGAUGUCUCUUCUUUUUGUUCUUGCUGUCGUAUAUAAGCCAUAGAUACUCCUGUUGUUGACUUUGUCGGUGCGCUCUGACGUUUAAUAUUCUACUCUAUUUAUGAGAAUGGUAUUGUGACUAUUUCUUUAAUUAUCAAACAUCGACCGGUUCCUUUUAUAUCAGCUCCCUGUCAAGCCUGUAUUUGUUGGGGAUUUCCCGUACCCUACUGAAACC